CGCGCUGACGUCACCGCCGCCGGACUCGCUGUGUUGUGUGGAGAGAAAACGACUGAUCGCCCCCCCCCUUCCCCAGACGGUGGUUUUCUCGGCGCAAACUCCAAGCGAAGCGAACAUGUCGUACGCCUACCUCUUCAAGUACAUCAUCAUCGGCGACACGGGCGUGGGAAAGUCGUGUCUCUUGCUGCAGUUUACAGACAAGCGGUUCCAGCCCGUCCAUGAUCUGACAAUCGGCGUGGAGUUUGGCGCGCGAAUGAUCACCAUUGACGGGAAGCAGGUGAAGCUCCAGAUCUGGGACACGGCCGGACAAGAGUCAUUCAGGUCCAUCACAAGGUCUUACUACAGAGGAGCAGCGGGUGCCCUGCUGGUUUAUGACAUCACAAGGAGAGACACUUUCAACCACUUGACCACCUGGCUUGAAGACGCUCGCCAGCACUCUAACUCCAACAUGGUCAUCAUGCUCAUCGGAAACAAGAGUGACCUGGAGUCGAGACGAGAGGUCAAGCGGGAAGAGGGGGAGGCUUUUGCGCGAGAGCAUGGCUUGGUGUUCAUGGAAACCUCGGCCAAAACCGCUUCCAAUGUGGAGGAGGCAUUCAUCAACACAGCAAAGGAAAUCUACGAGAAAAUUCAGGAAGGCGUGUUUGAUAUUAACAAUGAGGCAAAUGGGAUCAAGAUUGGACCACAGCACGCCGCCUCCAGCCCAGGCAUGGCCAGCAGCCAGAACAGACAGCAGCAAGACGGUGGCUGCUGCUAAACUGACGGAGCGAGUGCUCGGGCAAAAGGGUCAGAGGGGGGGGGUGGGGUGGGAGACACGGGGAUGGGGGAGUGGUAGUUGGGUUUGGGAAGGAGGCAGGGCCUGAAUGAGAGUGCUUAUUGGCUGAUGGAAGGGACACGUUUAUUCGCAAGCUGCACACUGUUUUCCUGCAGUUUGGCUUAGAAGGAUGCUUUAAAAGACACGGCCACCGGUAUUAUUUGAAUGCGUGCACAGUAUGGCUAUGCGUCGUUUUGUGCAAAGGGCAUGCUGUCACGUUCCGUAGGUUGGCACGUAAGGAUUUUAGAUAAAAUGUUUGCUCAAAGGUGUUAAAUUGAAUUGACAUUAAGGUAAGCCUUCACACCCAAACCCUUGGAUAUUUAGUGUUCCAUUUUAUUACGUAUAUUAUAUUUUUUAAUUGGCAGAGUUUUAUUUUCAGUAGGAGCAGUUAAUUGCAGCUUUUGAAUAAAUUAUCAUACUCGUCCGACUGUCUUUAUCGUCUGCACGUGUUUGCAAUUUUCUGAUUGUGGGUAAAGGAAGAGUUACAUUUGUUAUAUGUAAACAUACUCUUCCAAACUUUGCAGCAUUCUCCAAUAUUUCAAUUCAUGCACUUCUGACUUGACAGCUGGAAUAUCUUCCCAUGCCUUUUUUUGUUCCCCCCUCACUUCAGAUCAUCUGAGCACAUAAGCUACGUGAUUAAAAAAAAGAGUGCUGUUUGAAUGGUUUAGGUGUGUCUUGGUUAUGUCUCCAUGUCAUUUUUAUUCUUUCUGGUCUUCAUUUAUUUCUUUUAAUCACACCUUUGUUGUGCCCUGUACAGUAUUGUGUGUUGGUGUCCUUGAGAUGGCAGCUCUCGCAUCCUUGUUCUGAGUGUUCCAUUGUUCAAACCUCACCUUCAGGUCUGUGAAGUGUGGAGAUUUCACAAAUGCAACGUUAAAACCCGUUGGGAUGCUUCGCAGCAGGGUGGAGAGCAUACCUGAUACUUUAGCCUACAUACCCUGCUUUCAAAAUACUGCUUUAACAUAGCAUUUCUGGAUUUUUCAAAUGUGUAUUUUUUUUAUUAAAGUGAAUAUGCUUAGCAUUUUUGUUCCAAGUAUGGCAUAUGAGCUUUCUUCAUACAGUGAAUAGUCAUGUUUUGAAAACGAAAUGUUAAGCAUCAUUGCAUUAACCUGAUAUAAGGCCUAUUUUAAACAGCAUUUUUACUCAACAUUCAUAUAGCAAAUUAAGUGCAAUUUUUGGAUAGCUUUUGAAAAUACGGUAAUAACUGGAAACGUUUACUUUUAAUGUGCCGUUUCAAAAAAUAAGUUUAUUCCAGCCCAUCAUCGUACAGUGCCAUAGCUUUUGUCAAAUGCAAUGUGUAAAAAAAAGUUUACUCUAAAGCUGAAAUGUUUUGCAAAUAGACCUGUAAAAGCGGUGUCAGUGAAAUUAUACUAGCUCAUGGUGAGACUCGGUUAUCAACUAAUCUAAUACAUCUGUAAUUCCAUCAGAGUAAGGAUGUAAUUUUGAAUGCAUUUUUUUUGCAAACCAAUUGGUGCCAUCUAUAUCCUUGGCCCAUUAAUCAAAUGCUUACAAUAAACAAGUGCAGCACGUUUUUUGGAUGUUUGUUUUUACAGUUUACCACUAUCUUAAUGCAGCCGCUUAAUUGUUAGGCUCAGGCUUGGGGUGAUCUGUACAGUAAUUGCCGGACUGUACAACAAAAUUAUUCGGUAUUGAAAAAAAAAUAUUUAUACAACCUGAAAUGUAAUGUCACUUAAUUUAAAACACAUCAACCAAUCUUAGCAAAUAUAGUGUAUUUCAACGAUAAAUUGGUAUUUCAACAAGGAAUAAAAAUUGGCUUUUUCUGUUCCUAAUUUUCAUUAUCUGUGACCCUGUACGGUACCUUAGUUGAAUUCCACGAAUCACCACUGAAUGCUCGGGUGCCUAAAGUUGGUUUCUGGUAAGCAAAUAUCUUUUAAAGUUUAAUGGUUAAAUAAUAGUUUUAUGGAGUCAUUUACUGUAUUGUUGUUUGAGGCUGUGGAAUUGUAGUUGCAAUGAGAAUUUCCUUUGGUGCAAACCCCAGGUCUGAUUUAAAUUGUAAACCCCCAAUGCUGUCGUAAGGUUUACUGAAGCAAUCUAUAAGUUUGUUGACAGGUAUUAUUUGCCGUAAUAACUAUGUGAUUUUAAGGCAAGGCUGUGUAUAGUUAUGUAAACAGCUGCACCUAAAGCCACAUGUAUCAAUGGUUGACCAAAGUAUCCCAUGUCUCUACUGGCCUUAAGUGGUCCUUUUUGUGCUCAAUAUGCUGUUUUGUUUUUAGGAAUUGUUGCCUCAAUUGCUGUUCUUUUAACGAUCGCCUCUGCAUUGUCUUGAAGACAUCCAUCACGGUUUUUUUUACAUUUCUGAAAAAUGCAUCAACAACCUUGUAAUAAUUUUGCACUCAGCAAAAAUGUUACGAAACGUGAAAUGAAUUUGAUGGAAAUGUUCUUAGUCAUAAUAGCAGUCCUGUAAGGUGUAUGUUUGCGAAUUCCUCUUGCAUUGUUUGAAUUUAAAAGUUAAUUAAUAUAUAGUAGCUUUUUAGGCUUGGUGUUAAUAUAGUAAAGUUACAUUUUGUUAAGUGUCACUGAGAAAUUUCAAGUGCUAAUGAAGGAUGGCCUGAGAGGCAUUUUUAAACAUCAUUUUAACAGUGAACUUUGCUGUAUUAUCUAUAUAUGGAAUCUCCUUUCAAGCCAGUUGCUAUUAGUUUGUGCUUUCUGGGAUUAAACCUUUACAUGUUAGAACCCAAUAACAAAUCAAUACUUGUGGAGUUAAUUCUGGUAAACAACUUGAAUUGUCUAUGAAGAUAUGAGAACUUAAAAGAAAAAGCAUUAUCUUCAUAUCACUGUUUUAAAAGUACUGUAUUGGUCCCUGUAAUACAUUUGAUUCAGACUGUUAAAUGAUAAAACAUAUAGCACUGUGGUUCUUAAGCAAAUUGUUCACUGUAGUGGAAUUGUUUUUUUGGCCUCAGCUUUAGACUUUGUAUCCCUGAGUGCAAGUUUAUCUCAACAUUUUAAAGUUACAACUGCCUAAGAUUGGAUGGUCAUGCCCUUGGUGUUUGAGGUUGAUGUAUUUGUCCCGGUGCAAUUAAAUAGUCAAAUUUA